AUGUUUGUGAAGUCAAUUGAUGCAUCAUCUUUUAUGAAAACUGGGGAAAAAACUUUUGAAUUACUUGAUGCAUUUGUAGAACAGAUUGGUGAGGUUAAUGUAGUCCAAGUAAUAUCAGAUAAUGGAUCUAAUUAUGUGUUUACUGGGAAGUUGUUGGAAGCAAAAAGGCCAAAUUUGUAUUGGACUCCAUGUGCUACACAUUGCAUUGACCUUGUAUUGGAGGACAUUGGGAAAAUUCCUAGAAUUGCAAAAACUUUGGAAAGAGCCAUUCAAUUGAUUGGAUAUAUCUACAACCAUUGUGUUAAAUAUGAUGAGAGAAUACACAAACCAAAGAGAGCUGUUUACAUUCUUAAAGUUAUGGGCUCUCUUGUUCGAGUUCUUUGCCUUGUUGAUAAUGAGAGAAAACUAGCUAUGGGUAACACAUAUGAGGCAAUGGAUAGGGCCAAAGAAGCUAUUAUAAAAGCUUUUAAUGAGAAUGAAGAAACAUCAAAUGAAGAAAUUACAGCAGGAUUGUAUGCUUGUAUACAAAGACUAGUUCCUUAUACUGAAAUUCAGGACAAGAUCAUGGUUGAGCUAUCCAUGUAUAAGAAAGUUGAAGGACUCUUUGGCAUUCAAUUGGCUGAAAGAUCUAGAAAGACAAGGGCUCCAGCUAUAAAAAUCUUGAGCUUGAAUUGUAGUGCAUGUGAUUGUGAGCGUAAUUGGAGUGUGUUUGAGCAGAUUCACACAAAAAGAAGGAAUAGACUUGCACAAAAACGACUAAAUGAUCUGGUCUUUGUGAAGUAUAAUCAAAAGAUGAAGGCACGAUAUGAUAAGCGUGAUGUUAUCGAUCCCAUCUCCUUAGAUGAAAUAGAUAAAAUGGCAAGAGCUGUUGGUGUUGGAGAACCAAGGAAGAAUACUAGAUUCCAAAUAAAAUCAAGGGCAAGCUCAAAUGCCUCAACAUUACAACCAAAUAUUGAAGAGGAAGAUUUUGACUUUGAUGAGACCGAGGAAGAGAAUGUUGAUGGUUAUAAAUCUGGUUCAAGAGGCUUUGAAAGUGAUGGAAACUUGAGUGAAGAGUCUGAUGAUGACCUUUAG